AUGAAUUAAUUGUUAAAUAAUUUAAAGUUUCAUAAGCCAUUUUUUAAGUUAAAUACAGCAUAGAUUGAAAUACUAAAAGAUCCUGUAGACUUUUAUGUGAAUUUACAUAAAGGAAUAAAAAAUGCUUAAAAGAGAAUAGUAUGGAGUACAUUAUAUAUUGGAAAUGGAAAUAUGGAAGAAUUUUUAAUAGAGAGUUUAUCUAAUUAAUAAAGAAGAUUUGAAUAGUUAAGGAUUUCUUUAUUGAUGGACUAUUAUAGAGGGACAAGAAGAGAUAAGAAAAAUCAUUAGACUCCUAUUGAUCAUUAUCUUUACUUAAGAAUGCAAAAUUUAUACUCUAAUAAUAUGAAACUUGGAUUAAUGAGACAUCCAUUCCUCCCUCAAUUUGCUAAUAUGCUUGAAGAAUCUGCAGCUAGAGAAAUUUUCAAUGUUCAUCAUAUGAAAUGGUAUAUCUUUGAUAAUCGAGUAAUUUUAACAGGAGGUAAUUUAAUAAUUAAAUAUAUAGCUAAUUUAUAAGAACAGUACUUUAUUAAUAGAUAAGAUAGAUAUAUGGUAUUUCAUGAAGCUAAUGAAUUAGCAGAUUAUUUAGAUGAUGCAUAAUCAGCAUUAUUAUAACAUGCUUAUUAUGUGGAUUUUGAUUCAAAUUCUAAAUUUGAUCCUUUAAGAGCUCAACCUUUUAAGAGAUAAUAAUAUUUUAAAGAAUUCCAUUAAACUUGGAAGAUCUUCAAAUUUAGUUAUAAAGAAGCAGCUGAAAUUAAAAGUGAUGAUGAAGAAUAUUAAGAAUAGUAAUAAGAAAAAGUAUAAAAGCAAGAAGAGGAUAAUGAUAAUAAUAUAAAAUAAGAAUAAGAAUAAGAAGAAGAAUUAUCUAAAGAAGAAAUGUUAUAAUUUUAUGAAAGGGAUUUAAUUGUAGAAUAGAAAAUAUAAGAAAGAAAAGAAUAAGCAAAAUUAAUGUAAAUUUAGUAUUAAUCAUAGUGAAGAUUGAAUAAGAGUUUCAAUAAGGGAGAUGUUCAAAACAUUAUUAAUAGAUUAGAGAAAGCCCUUUAUAAAGAUGAGGAAAGAGAAUUAGAUGAGGGAGAGGAAUGCACAGUAUUAAUUACUCUACAUAUUCCAUAUUUAUAAACUGAUGAGGACAAAUUAGUUUUUAUGAAAAUUCUAGAAAAUUUAGAUUAAUUUACAUGUAUAUUAAAUUUAUAUUUUAUUAAGCUGUUACUUUGGCAUCUGGAUAUAUGAAUUUUACUAAAACUAUUAUUAAUUUUGUGAAUAAUUGCAAGACUGAUAUUAAAUUUAUUACUGCUAGUCCAGGAGCAAAUGGAUUUCAUAAGGCUGGUAAAGCUAAAUCAUUUAUUCCUAUUUUAUAUCGUUAUUUUGAAUUGGAUAUUGAUAAACCAAUAUUCGAAUACAAAAGAAAUGGUUGGACAUUUCAUACUAAAGGGUUUUGGGCUGAACUUUAAGAUGGUUCUACAAUGACAAUUAUAGGUAGUUCUAAUUAUGCUGUAAGAUCAGAAAAAAGAGAUAAUGAAAUAUAAGCUUAUAUUUUUACUCAAUGUCCUAUGUUUAAAUAAGAUUUAAAAAAAGAAUAAAAUUACUUAUUAAAUUAUGCUGAAAAAAUAACAAAGGAAGAAAUAAUUAAAGAUAAUGAAAUCAAAAUUAAUUGGAAAAUAAAGUUAUUAUCAAAAAUUUUUAAAUCAAUGAUGUGA